AGAAAAAAGUGAAGUGGGUCAUUGCCUUAUCCUGUCAAAGAUUGUAGAAAAACUGAAGAAAGAAAUUCGGAUUUGGGCAAAUCUAAAACCGUUUGAAAACAUUCACUCCAAAGUUUAAGCACCAACAUGGCGAGAGUCGUGGUGCUACAGAAGCAAGGCCACCCUUCUUUCUCCAUCCUCUCUUUUUCUGUCUCUGACUUCGAUGGGGCCAGACUACACAACCAUAUUUCUUGGGAUCGCACUCCCCUGCCGAAAGCGGCACUUCAAGUCACAGCAUCAAGAUUCCCUGUCAAAGAUAGUCGUCAGACUAAGACUUUUGCAGUUCCAAGGAGGAAUACAAUGGCAUUGAUCUUGUCAAGUUAUAUCUUCUCAGAAUUUUCUUAUUGCAACUUCGCAUUUGCUCAAUCAUCUAUUGGAUUCAAGGAAUACAUAGAUACCUUUGAUGGUUAUACCUUCAAGUAUCCUCAAAACUGGAUUCAAGUUCGAGGGGCUGGAGCUGACAUAUUCUUCAGGGAUCCUUUUGUUCUUGAUGAAAAUGUUUCUGUGGAAAUGUCAUCACCAUCAUCCUCCAGGUACAAGACUGUUGAAGACUUGGGUCCACCAGAAGAAGCUGGAAGGAAAGUACUUAAGCAGUAUCUUACAGAGUUCAUGUCUACAAGACUUGGCGUCAGGCGUGAAUCCAACAUUAUUUCCACAACAUCCAGAGUUGCUGAUGAUGGGAAGCUAUACUAUCAAGUGGAGGUAAACAUAAAGUCAUAUGCAAACAACAAUGAGUUGGCUGUGAUGCCACAAGAUCGACCUGUUAGUUUGGAAUGGAAUCGCCGUUAUCUUUCAGUUCUGGGAGUUGAGAACAACCGGUUAUAUGAGUUGAGAUUACAGACACCAGAAAAUGUAUUUGUAGAAGAGGAAAGUGAUCUUCGCCAAGUUAUAGACUCCUUCAGAGUAAACAAGGUAUCUGCUUGAUCAAUCUGAGAUACCAAGAAGUCUCCCUGACAUUUGGUGAUUCAAUUCAAGGGUCUUUACAACGAUAGUUCUUUUGUUCAAGUGUACCUGAGAUUGUAUUUUCUGUAACAUUCGUAGACCUUUCAUUUGGGGAAAUUGCUAUAAAACAGUGAAUCACUUUCUUUUUGUCCA